AUGCUCGGCAUCAACGACAAUUUCCCCGAAUAUGCUCUACCUGGAGUUAAAAAAGUUCACUUCGAACCAUAUGCAGACAACGGUGGAAGCAUCGUUGCCAUCGCCGGUGAUGACUUCGCAGUAAUCGGAGCUGAUACAAGGCUCAGCACUGGCUUCUCCAUCUAUACAAGAGAACAAAAGAAAUUAUUUAAGCUGUCGGACCAAACUGUUUUGGGCGCGACAGGUUGCUGGUGUGACACUCUUACCCUCACUAGGCUCCUUCAAGCGAGAAUGCAAAUGUACGAGCACGAACACAACAAGGCCAUGACGACACCCGCCGUCGCGCAAAUGCUGUCCACGAUGUUAUACUACAAACGAUUCUUUCCCUACUAUGUAUCCAAUAUUUUAGCGGGAAUAGAUAGCGAAGGCAAAGGUUGUGUCUACAGCUACGAUCCGAUCGGCCACUGCGAGCGUUCUACAUACCGAGCGGGUGGUUCAGCCGGGGCUCAGUUACAACCUCUACUUGACAAUCAGAUUGGCUUGAAGAAUAUGCAGAACGUCACAGAAGCACCUUUACCUAAAGAAAAAGCAUUAGCUCUUCUCAAGGAUGUGUUUAUUAGUGCAGCAGAAAGAGACAUCUACACUGGAGACAGCAUUUACAUUUUAAUCAUCACAGCUAAUGGCAUCCAGGAAGAGAAAUUUGAAUUGCGUAAAGACUAG